AUGGCGGAACAGCUCGUGGAGAUAUCAGACACGGAGGUACGAAUUGAAUUCACACUCAACUCCAAAUGCCGAGCCAAUGUGACCAUGAAAUCCCUCUCACCGACAGCUCCAAUUGCUUUCAAAGUACAGACCUCUUCCCCACACAAAUUCCUGGUCAGUCCCCCAACGGGCCUCAUCCCUCCAUUAUCCUCUACAACCUUCCGAGUUGUCCUCAAGCCCCAAACUCACUACCCUUCCUCUUUCCCUCGCUCUCACUCCGACCGAAUCCUCAUUAAGACGGCGCCGUACCAUUCCGACUCGGCUGCAGAUUCAGAGUUCCUCAGCCAGUGGUUCUCGUCUUUGCCUUCCACCGUCGAUUUCAAGCUCAGAGUUGCCUUUGUGGGGGCCUCGCUGCUCCGUCACGCCGUCGGGUGCGGCGACGUGGACUCCGCGAGGAAUAUUAUCAAGAGACAGAGGUCUGUUCUGUCCGAGUUGUCUCGAGGGGAAUCUGAGUCGCUGCUCCGAGUUGCAGCGGAGCUGGUUAACCCGGACAAUAUGGUGAAUCUGCUGCUCGAAUCCGGGUUGAAAGUCGAGCCGGUUGAGGCAGAUGCCGAUUCGGAGUGGAAAUCCAAGGGCUGGAACGAGUUACACGUGGUUGCGGCUUCGGAUCGGAUGCAGGAGGUGUCGGAUUUGGUGAAGAGGGUUUCCGACGUUGAUCACAGAGACAAAGAGGGAAGGACGCCGUUGUAUAUAGCGGCGGCGAAUGGGAACAGAAGAAUGGUGGAGACGCUAAUUGAAUUCGGCGCCGACCCGACCGCCGCCGACUAUUGCGGCCGCUCGGCCGUCGAUGUAGCCCGCGACAACGGACAUGAGGAGGUCUUGAAGGCUCUGGAGCGCGGCGAGAUGGUGUUGACGGCGGCGCGGCGGGGGGAAUUCCAACUCCUGGAGUCACUACUGCGGAGAGGCGCGGCCGUGAACUAUCGCGAUCAGUACGGUCUCACAGCGUUGCACGCGGCGGCCAUCAAAGGGCUCGAGAAGACGGUGGCGCUACUCCUGAAAUUCGAGGCGGAUAUUGAGUCCCGGGAUAACGACGGCCACACGCCGCUGCAUUUGGCUGCGGUUGCCGGCGGAGUUGAGACGGUGGAGGCAUUGGUCAAGCGUGGGGCCGACGUUAACGCCGUGAGCAACGGAGGCUCCACUCCGCUGAGCAUUGCGAGGGCUCUUCUACACGAUGACGUGGUGCAGGCUCUUAUAAACAAGCCCGGCAUGUAA